UUCAAAAAUCCAAGAUGGCUACACUGAGAUGUAAUGCGUAACGAUUUUAUCAAAUAAUAAGAAAUUGAAAAAAAACAAAAGUUUUGUUGAAUUAAGAUAGCUUGUAUACAAUAAGUAAUAAAUAGAUCAAAUAUCAUUAUAAUUUUUUACGCCCUUGCACGUGAUUUAUAAUAUCAUUAAAGUUAGAAUAAAGAUUUAUAUACAAUUGCAUGAACUGAAAUAUAUUUUAUGCAAUGCAUCAAAUUAAUUGAGCAAUAUAUAUUCAUAGUCUAAUUUUGAACAUUAGUUCAUGAACAGACACGAUUAAAAUGUAUAUUUUGAAUUGUAUUAUUAUAUACACAUUUAUUUGAAAUUAUGUGAAAUAAAAUGGUAUUUUAAAUAUUAGUUUUAACAAACAAUUAAAUAUUAUCAUUUUGUAUAAUGUAAUCUAUUAAAAUGUAUCGUGCAAAUCAAAAUGGACAGCCCCAAAGGGCAAAUACUGAACCUAUUCAUCAAAAUCGAGUUAAUGGAAGGCAACCUCCUCCUGUAAAUAUUCCAAUAACAGUUUCUGAACAAUUUAGAGAAUCAUGGUUAACUGCUAUUAUUGGACUUAUUAUGUUUGCAACUGGCAUGUGUCUUUUAUUUUGGAAUGAGGGGAGAGCAGUGAAAGUAGCACAUUCUUUGGAUGAAGCUUUGCGUAAUGUAGCUAUACUUCCAAAUGCAAUGAAAUUAUUACCUGAAUAUGAAGGUCGUUUAAUACAUUUAUCAGGUCCAUUAAAAAUAUCAGAACCAUUAACUGAACCUGAUUAUGGUGUAAUUGUAUCAAGUGUAAAAUUAAAACGAAGAGUGCAAAUGUAUCAAUGGGUUGAGAUAGAAGAAGAAAGAAGUUUUGGAGGAGUAACAGAAGAAGAAAAACAUUAUUAUUACACAACAGAAUGGAAAGAUAAACUUGUUGAUUCAGAUCAUUUUUAUAUUAGAACUGGUCACCAUAAUCCAAAAGAAAUGCCUAUUAAAAGUCAAGUGCAAGUUGCAGAUGAAGUUAAAAUUGGUGCAUUUAUAUUUGGGAUUGAAUUGAAAAAAAAAUUUAAUGAUUUUGUAGAAGUUACGAGUGAUGAAAGACCUGAACGUAAAGAUAUUAAAAUGCAUUCUGGUUUAUAUUAUCAUAGUUCUAAUUUAUGGAAACCUAAGGUAGGUGAUAUACGUAUACAAUUCUCCUAUGCAGGAAAAGGAGAAGAUAUAUAUUCUAUAGUUGGUAUGUUGCAAAAAGGAACUAUUGUACCAUAUAUUACAUCACAUGGAGAAGAAAUUUUACUUCAAAGGAGGCAUAAAAUGUCAGUAGAUCAAAUGUUUCAUUCUGAACAUGUACACAAUUAUUGGCGUACAUGGAGUAUUAGAGGACUUGGCUGGUUAGUUUUAUUUUUGGCAGCAACAUGUUUAGCAAAUAUAUUAAGAACUGUAAUUCUAAAUUCAACAUUCUUAUGUGGAAUUAUUGCAGUUGAAUCUUUAACAAUGUCUGUAUCAAUGUCUAUUAGUCUAUUAGUGAUUGGUUUUGCUUGGGUAUGGUAUCGACCAGUAAUAGGUCUUUGUUUAGCAUUAGCAUCGAUUUUACCAUUUAUUUAUUCAACAUUAACUUCAGCAUCUCAAUCUCAACAACGUGAUAGUUAUAGAAGGCUAUGAAUUUUUAUUAAAUAAUUAAAUUAUAUUUAUAUAAAUAUAUUCAUUUAUAUUUUCUAUUAUUAUGCUUUUUUGCAUAAUUUAAUAUUAAAUUGUAACUAAUCUUAAAAAAUAUUGUUAAUCAUAUUGUAAAUUAUUAUGCAAUAUAAAUGUCAUUGAUCAUUUUAAAUAUUUAAAAUGUAGACAAUAAACUAUUUUAUGAACUUUAAA